CAUUUACACCGUAGGUGUAUUCGAUCAGAAUAUCAUAUAUAACCUAAAUCAUCUAUAUCAACAAGAGUCGAGACCAAACACAACUUUUUAUCGUAAAGUCUGAACUCUCUGUUUGUCCGAGAAAUCUUUUGGUUCUGUAUUAUUAAUAUGUCUGCGGAAGAGGAGGAGAAUGCUGCUGAACUGAAAAUCGGAGAUGAGUUUUUGAAGGCAAAGUGUUUAAUGAACUGUGAAGUGGCCAUAAUUCUUGAUCACAAGUAUGAGCAGCUUCAACAGACGUCAGAAGAUCCAAUGAAUCAAAUGUCUCAGGUGUUUGAGAAAUCCUUGCAGUAUGUGAAGCGUUUUAGCCGCUACAAAAAUCCUGAUACUGUUCGACAAGUUCGAGAAAUUCUCAGCCGCUAUCAGUUGGCAGAAUUUGAGCUUUGUGUUCUUGGGAACCUUUGCCCUGAAACAGUGGAGGAAGCCAUUGCUAUGGUGCCAUCUAUCAGGUCCCGAGGUCGAGGACUUGAUGAUGAUGCAAUUGAGAAAAUGUUGCACGAUCUGUCUUUGAUAAAGAAAUUCGACUAAAGCUGAGGCAACAUAUAUCACAUCAUUGUCAUCUUCUGUAAUAAUUCAGAUUAAUUGCCUGUGGUAAUUCUAAAUCCAUGUUGCAGAAAAAUGGUGAACAUAUUAAUUUGUGCAAGGUAGCUUUAACCUAAUGUUUAAUAUAAUUCUCUUGUAAUGGUAGCUUCAAAUUUGACGUCUAUGCUUUCAUAGAUUUGAUAAUAUGCCAUUUUUGGCUUAUUUGUUUUAAAUUCUAA